GCCGACCAACCACACCAUCCAUCCGUCCCUGACUCACUUCGACUUCGCUGACUCACCUCCGCCACAUCCGCUUCUCAAAUACACAUUCAGCUGAGAUUCUAUAGGCAAACUAGCAAAAUUGCGAGAAAAGAGUUAUUCACACGGGCGGUCCUGACGAUGGCACGAGGCGGAAGAGGUGGACGCAACCCAAGGGAUUUGCCCAGAGAACAGCAGGUUUCGAGGAAGGUCAGCUGGCUUUUGAGGCAUGGGGCGGGACAGGAGGGGUUGACGUUGGGGAAGGGCGGGUAUGUGAGUGUUGCGGAUGCUCUGAACACUCGCGCUCUCCGAUCCCUCAAGGUCACAUUCCCGGAGUUAAAAGAAGUGGUCGCUACAAACGACAAGCAACGUUUCUCCAUGAUCCCGGCCUCGACUCUUUCCGAGACACCCGAUAUCGUAUCACCACCGCUGGAGAAACUAGAAUCCGAUGCCCUCGCUUCAAUCCCGGAAUCCGACGACCCCGCUGACUAUCUCAUCCGGGCCAACCAGGGCCACUCUAUCAAGGUCGACGCUGAGGGUCUACUAACCCCGAUCACCGAGGAAGCGGGCAAUGUGCCGGAAGUCGUGGUGCAUGGCACAGAUGAGCCAGCAUGGAAGCUGAUUCUGAAGAGUGGCGGGUUGAGGAAGAUGGGGCGGAAUCAUAUUCAUUUCGCCGCUGGACUGCCCAAAGGGUUCAAGAUCCAAGACUCUACAGCGUCGGCGGAGGAGAAAGAAGCACAGCCGGUGAUCUCUGGGAUGCGGAAAUCUUCCACUAUUCUCGUCUACAUUGACAUCAAGAAGGCUAUGGAAGCGGGGAUCAAGUUCUUCGUCAGUGAGAAUGGGGUUAUUCUCACCGAGGGGAAUGAGAAGGGGUCCUUGCCGUAUGAGUUCUUCGAGAGAGUUGAGUCUAGGAGGAAGGAUGGGGGUGUGUUGAUGGAGGGGGGAAUGCUCCCGGAGGGGGUGGUAGUAGACGUGGAAGAGUGGCAGAGGGAGGUUGGGGAUGUUGGUGGGAGAGGCAAGAGAGGCGGUAAAGGGGGUAGAGGUGGAAGGGGCGGUGGAAGAGGAGGUGGAGGGAAGGCACGAGUGAUUGAUGAUUCGGGGGACUUGUUGGCGGGUGUUUGAGAGGUGUGGAGUGGGCGCGAAGAGCUUCAGCAUCAGAACGGCCUCAUGAAGACCACGAAAUGAGAAGGCGAGCGCGUGCAUAGACGAUAAGAGCAAAGCCCCAGCGGCUUUCGCAGAAGGCUGCUGGAAGACCAGCAGAUUUUAAGUGGACAUGCAUCGAGCGUUGCAGUGC